UUUUGGUCUCCAAGGCUUUCUCUCUCGUCUUCUCACGAUCGCUGAAAUCGAAUGUUUGUUCAGAGCGAGAAAAUGGCUUCGAAACGGAUCUUAAAGGAGCUCAAGGAUCUUCAGAAAGAUCCUUCAACCUUGUACACUGCUGGUCCAGUUGGUGAAGACUUGUUUCAUUGGCAAGCUACAAUAACGGGUCCAUCAGACAGUCCUUACUCAGGUGGAAUCUUUAUCUUAACCAUUCACUUCCCUCCAGAUUAUCCUUUCAAACCACCAAAGGUUGUGUUUAGGACAAAAGUGUUCCACCCUAAUGUCAACAGCAACGGCAUCAUUUGCUUCCACAUUUGCCACGACGUUUUGAAAGAACAAUGGAGUCCUGCACUCACCAUAUCCAAGCUUUUGGUUUCGAUAUGUUCAUUGUUGAGGGAUCCAAACCCAGAUGAUCCUAUGGUUCCGGAGAUUGCUCACAUGUAUAAAACCGAUAGAGCCAAGUAUGAGUCAACUGCAAGAAGCUGGACCCAGAAGUAUGCAAUGGGAUAAAGUUUCUUCUUUUGAUCCUUACUUUGUUCCCUGGUUAUCCUUUUGUUGUUUUCCUUGCAUUAAUAUUUAAAAACGAUCUUGUCUAUAAUUUUCUAUACUAAACUCA